AAUUUUGACGAUUUUGUAUCCCUGGGUUGAAAAGAAAGUCAUCCGAAAAGCAACGUGCUUUGUCAUUCUUGAAUUUGUGCUAUAAGGAAAUAACUUCUUAAAUAAAGCGGUAAAGCUGUGAAAGUGCUGCAUAUCUGAAAUAAGCCCAUUCUGGUGUAUUGAAGGAAUCCUCCCAUUCUGUUUUAUUUAAGAUCCUAGAUUGCCAAGAAGUCCGGUGUUUGAAUUUUGAAGCAUGAAGGUCUGGAGAGAUGCUGGGCUUACCUAUAUCCACUAUUCCAACAUUGCGGCCCGCGUAGUGCGCGAGGCCCUGCGAGCGGAGCUGCGUGCCGAGGCCGCCAAGCGCAACAUAAGUCAUGUGCAGUUCACUCCCUGGAAGAACGGAAGGCCAGUACCACGCAAGAAGGAGGAACCCAAGUCCUAAAUGCUACUGUGAAUGACCUCUUGGGGAUCCCCAAAAAUAAAAAAUGAAUUAAUUAGUUAAAAUAAAUGUAAAUCAUUCAAGAAAGAGAA